UGCCACAUCAGCAGGAAACAAUCAUGGCGGCUGCACCGUCAAGUUUGGGGACACAAAUCCGUGAGGAACUGUCCUGCAGCAUCUGCCUGGAGCUGUUCACCAGGCCCAAGGUGCUGCCCUGUCAGCACACCUUCUGUCAGGACUGUCUACAGGACCAUGCAAGUAGGCGACUACCCCUCCAGUGCCCAAACUGUCGUCGGCAGGUCAGGCUGCCACCCCAGGGGGUCGCAGGUUUGCCAGACAAUCUCAUGGCAGCAAAUAUGUGUGAAAGAUUCCAAAACCAGGCUACACUGACAGGGGAAACAAGGCAGCAACCCCAGUCUGCAAACAGGUGCAGUUCUCACCCUUCUGAGUGUUUUGAAGAGGCCCAUGAUGAUCAUCUCACAACAACCAUCAAAAAAGCUGCACAAGAAAGGAGUUCCACAGUCCAGGCCUUGAUCAACGAUGGAAGAAAUAUCAUGGAAAGUUACUUUAGCUUCCUCAGAAGUCUGAGGGAAGAAGAGAAAACCCUGAAUGAAAAGAAACAGCAGAGAGACAACAGCAUCAUUCAGGCCUACAACCAAAUGGUGCAGAAACUGGCCAAGAGAAGAGACCACCUCUUGUCUGAAUCAGAAGAAAACCACACAAAAAACGUGGACAGAGUACAGACUGAAAGGGACCGAGUGUUGGCAGAUGUCAAUGAACUGUCUGCUGCCUGUGAUCGAGCAGAACAAGAACUGCAGCAGGGAUGGGUCGAGAUUCUCAGUCAGCAAACCGCUCUGACAGAGGUGGUAGGAAAGUACAGAGGAAAAGCAGCACCAACUCCUGUACAAACCCAGCCUGCUGUCUUUCAGCCCACAGACACCCCCGUGCCAGUAUUGGGACAAGUGACGGUCCAGUCUCUCCCAUCUGCACCUAUCCCAGCAGCACCUGCAGCAAGGGGCACAGGUCAUCACCAUGGUAACCAAAGGCAAGGGGAGCAUCAGCCUCAGAAGGUGACAUUUGGUGAACUGGGAUCAGGAACAGGUCAGUUCAUGUGUCCAAGUGGUGUUACAGUGUCAGAUGAAGGGGAGAUUUUUGUAGCAGACAGUGGGAACCAGAGAAUCCAAGUCUUCACCCUGCAGGGAACGUUUGUCCGACAGUUCCCAACAGUCGUGUCAGGUGGACACGAGAUACACCCACUUGAUGUGGCCAUGGACGGGGAGGGGAACCUGUGGGUGGUGCGUUACACAGGCUCUAGAUCUGCUGGGUUUGCUGUGCAGUACAACAAACAGGGCAGGGUGCUGAGGAAGUCUGACCUACAGAAAAAAAGGUGUCCCAGAGCAGUUGCCGUGGACACCAGGAGGAACCACAUCCUCAUCACACAAACCACAGUAGACUGGGACAACAAACAUGGUCAAGUUUUAGUGUUCAGGCCAGAUGGAACACUUGUGAGAACUGUGGGUCAGCAGCAGAGAAUGAAGCGCCCAGAGUACAUCACUGUGGACGGGGAAGGGAACAUUCUUGUGUCAGACUGGGAGAACCACUGUGUCUAUGUGUACAAGGAGGACGGACAGUUUCUGUUCCAGUUUGGAGGCAGGGGAAGAGGUGAAGGUCAGCUGAAGCAACCUAGUGGCAUCUGUACAGACAGGGCAGGGAACAUCAUCGUGGCAGACCAUGGAAACAGCCGUGUGGAGAUGUUUGACAAGACAGGAAAAUUCCUCAAACACAUCACUACAGACAUGAAGGAGCCAUGGGCUGUUGCCAUGGCAACACAGGGACAGCUGGUAGUAACUAAUCAUAUGGAGGACAAAGUCAGCAUAUUCCAGAACUUCUGA